AUGGGAUUUCCUGAGGACGAAGAUGAAUACAUGGUGAUGAUAGAGGGCCAACGGCCGCAAGAGUUAUUGUGGGAGUACACGCAGACUGUGCGUACUUUUUUCUCAGUGGGUGGUGAUGAGCAAUUCUUUCCACCACGCCCACGACUCAUGAUCCUUUCCUCUGAACAGCGAUGGCCGUACUCGCUGGAGCAUGCAGUGCCUAUUACCGACUGCUACAUUAACAUUGAGGUGCAUCGGGUGUGGAAGAUCGUCGGGGGCGAUCUAAAAGGAGUGUUUCUCCCUCCAGAGAGAGGCCCACCAUGCAUGAGACGCCGUCUUUUGAUUGGAACCCCCAGGGUAGGGAAGUCAAUGGCGGCUGACUCCUACCUCCUUUACCAGCUGCUGCACCACGACGCCACGAAGCUCCAUGUGGUUGUGUUCUGCUUUGGAAGGGAUUUUGCAUACUUGUUUGACAGGAGGGCACGAACGGUGACAGAAUAUGAGGGUGGGUGUAAUAUUGGAAGGGCUAUGAUAAAUUUGGCUAGGAGUGGAAUGAAGGGGUAUAUUAUCAUCGAUAUGGCAAGACAUUUUAACGAACCAUCGAAUGAUUUUGUGCCCUCCCCUGAGUGGGGCAUCAUUAUGUUGUCAUCCCCGAACGAAGAUAACUUCAAACAAUGGGCGGAGCAGGCGGGUGCUAUCAAAAUAAUCAUGAAUUGCCCCGAUAAAAACGACGUGAAGGCGAUGUGUGCGUGGGAGACACCCAAUACGACUGAAGAGGAGCAAGCGGAGUAUUGGAGAAGGAUGCACAUGCGCAUGGAUGAUGUCGGACCGAUUUCACGAUGCAUCUUUAAUGACGAUAAUUAUAAGGACCGCGUGGAGGAAAUCAAGGACAUCCUGGCAGGUAUCGACGCCUCAAAUGCUGUACAUUAUGGGAUGAUUGGGGGCAUGGGAAUGCGGCCCUCGAAUGACGCACCUCACAAACUUGUGAAAGUUGUCAGAGCAAUAAGACAACGCGGUCUUGAGGCGUUUGUUAACAUGCCGGUCUGUUUUUCCAUUGGAAGCAAAUUAAUUGGAAGGUUGCUCGAGGUGGAUGAGGAGAAUGGCAUUAUUUUUCGACUAUGUAAGCACUGCGAAGUGUUAAUUCCGGAACUUUUGGAGCAGCAUACUCUGCACGCAUUCCUGCGUAGAGGCUUUGUGGAAAAUAUAAUGCCGGGCCUCAACGGGUUGCCUCCACCAGGACGUCGUCGGCGACAGAGAUGUAUGCUGCAAUCGAACCCCGAAAAGCAUCCAAGCAUAUCCGUUGCAUUGAUAACGCUGGGCCACACUCCUCUGAUGUUGGAUGUACAAUACAAGGUGCUAUACCUACCGGAGAGCAGUAAUUUUCCGCUUGUGGACGGCUUUUUCUUCGUUGGUGCACCGCGGAGGACGAUGGUUGGGGUGCAGGUGUGA